CGAGGAUCGUAAGAGUUUUUACGGUAAAACCAGGCCGCGUGGCUGCUCUCAGGUUUCUCUCUGAUCUAAGUCUAUGGAGAAACUGUAAACCAUAACCUAAAAGUGUGCUUUUGUUUUCGUUACAAACGUUGAUAAAUUUGUGUUCCGCUAUCAUUUAAGGAUUCAACAUGAGUAAUGAGGACGAGUCUCUGCUUGUGGAAGAUAAAGAUCAUGAACAAAUACAAGCCGAGAUAAAACACAUGAGUUUUGAGGAUUUGCAGAAGUUAAAGGAAAAAUUAGGAAGCAAGGUAUACAAUGAGACGAUAUUUGGAAGGAAAAACAAGAAAAGAACUGUGAAAACUGAGUUUAAGCGAGAAAAUAAAAACAGGCCGCGGGAGAUGUCUGCUAAGAAGCCAGUUUCCAGAUGUAACGAGUUUACUCGUGUCAAAAGAGCUAUGUAUCGGGAUCCUAGAUUUGAUAGUUUAUGUGGCACAUUUAAUGAGACGGCUUUCAAGAAUUCUUAUGCAUUUGUCAAUAAAUUACGAGAAAACGAUCUCACGACCUUGCAAAAAGAAUUACAGGAAACGACAGAUCCAAAAGUUAUGAAGAAGAUAAAAUAUCUCAUUCAGAGGCUUGAAAAUCAACUGAGGGAAGAGAAGAGAAGGAAGGACAAAGAGGAGAAGAAGCGACAAGAGAAGCAGCAGCUGCUGGAAUCUGUUAAACAGGGAGAGAAGCCAGUCUUCAAGAAAAAAUCUGAGAAGAAAGUCUUGAAUUUGGUCUCGCAGUAUGAAGAGUUGAAAAAUACAGGUAAACUGAAGAAGCACAUUCAGAGACUGCGAAAGAAGAACAAACAUAACGACAGGACAAAAUUGAGAGUAGACAGAACAGAGUGAAACGUGUUUAUACGUAUUUAUGCUAAAGAAAUAUAAAUGUGAACUGUUUA